AUGACGACGCAAAGCAGCAUCGAGGAUCCUCAGAUCAAUAUGACUACUGCCGAACCAACCUCGGCCAACAAGCGGACAUAUCCCUGGGUCAAACUUCCUCACCCAUAUCUCACCAGCUAUGCGAUCCAUAUUGUUUCUGAAUCCACACCCCGUGUCUUACAAUUGCGACUACACGACGAUCAGACCGGACAGGCGCUCCCAGAGCCUCUGCACUCGGCCUCGCUGACCUACACAGACAUUUCCUCUGACGAGACCGCCCACGAAAUCCCAGAUAACGACAACAGUCCAUGGGCGCGCAGUCGCAGAGCUCCCGGAACCUCAUUCCACUGGACCGGCCAGGAGCCACCUACCCUGGGACAGAUCUGGAAUGUCAUUCAUGCCCUCUUCUUGACAUAUCCCCAGCACGAGAUUGUCCGCUUGGAUUUGAAUGGGUCUCAUAGAAAUAUCAUCCGCGACGAAUGCCUGCGCACUGGGCUGGUUGUGCCCUUCCCUUCUCCUCGAGUCCCAUUCGGCAACGAAAACAAGCCCUCCGAAACCGACACACUCAUCCUACUACGCUCCGCAUUCUGGCAAGGGGCCGGCUCACCGGUUGGACCACGCCCCAUCUGGGCCGUCGAUCAAGGGACUCACGGCCUGCUUCGACGAUCGGGAAGCUCCUAUCCGCCUCUCGCGCAGAACUACGAGUUCUCCAUGAAGUUCCCCAGCGAGAGAAUCUACACAAGGCACCCUAUCCGCCCUCAGAAACCCACCCCAGGCUCGCUAGUCUACAGCCGGUACAUUCCGCACCUGGACAAGCAUUUCUCGCUCAUGGUGGUAGACUGGCAAAACGAAGAGCACCUACAGCUGUUCCACAAAUGGCAGAACGACCCGCGCGUCGCCAAGGGGUGGAACGAGACGGGCGACCUGGAGCACCACCGGAGGUACCUGCGACAGCUCCACGAAGACAAGCACGUCCUGUGUCUAUUCGGACGGUUUGACGAGUUUCCAUUCUCAUAUUUCGAGGUAUAUUGGGCCAAGGAGGACCACUACGGAGCACACUACGACGCUGGCGACUAUGAUCGCGGCCGGCAUUCGCUGGUCGGCGAGUCCAGCGUCCGCGGCGCAUACAGAGUCAACGCGUGGUGGUCGAGCGUGAUCCACUAUAUUUUUCUAGACGAGCCGCGGACAAUGUGUGUUGUUGGGGAACCGAAGGCGACGAAUACCACUGUUCUGUCGUAUGAGAAUGCGCAUGGCCUGACGGUCCAGAAAUACGUGGAUUUGGGCCACAAGCGAUCUGUCCAUGUGUAUUGCAGCCGGGAGAAAUGGUUUCAGUUGUGUCCACUUUUCUGGGAUGGAAGGGAAAGACCGCUUGAGAGUUCGGAUCGGAUGGCGUGGGAUGCGAAGCUGUAA